GCGCAGACCACCAAGGAACAAGCCCUUGCAGCUGAUCGUAAGAUCUUUAGAUUAGUGUCUAAUUUAUAAAGCUCUUUCGGGCAAAAUUAUUCUCGAUAACCGAAGAACGGAGGACAUCAAUCAUCAUGGCAGAUUCUCAAGAGUGGGAAACGACAGACGUAUUGAUCUGCGGAUGCGGACCGACGGGUGCCAUGUUAUCGGGGUAUUUGGGCAAACUCGGCGUUCGAAAUAUCAUUCUUGAGAGGGAAGCCGAUAUCACGACCGAUCCUCGGGGAAUUGCUCUCGAUGAUGAUGGGAUUCGAUAUGUACAGGGUCUCGGACUGUACGAGCAUGUUUUUACUAAGAUUGGCUCUAAUAUUUCCAACGUCCGUUUCGUUGCUGGGAAUCACAAUAGUCUGCAUGCAGAGCCGUUUCUCUGUUUCGAUACAGCUUCGAGCGAAGGAAACACAGGACAUGUCGGAAUACUCGCUCACAAACAGCCGGUCCUCGAAAAAUACCUUCGCACUGUUGUAGACAAAGUGCCCGAGUGCGAGCUUCGAAGCAGCUGCGAGUUGACGUCCAUCUCCGAAGACAAAGACUGGGUUUAUGCCACGUACAACGACGUCGCAGGUGUGCAACAUAAGAUACGUGCCAAGUUUCUAGCUGCAGCAGAUGGGAAGACGGGGUAUACCAGAAAAAUGUACCUUGAGCCCAAGGGCAUUGAACUGAAUUGGGCUGAACAAACGAAAUACCAAGAAACGUGGGUCGCACUGAACUGGCAUUUACAUCUGCCCACACCAAAGACACAUCCGACAUUCCCAUUGUGGAAGCUCGGAUAUACUCCGGAGCAGGUCUACGAUCUGUUCUUCCCCGAUGACUUCCGUUUCCUCUGCAAUCCUGCUCGACCCGCGGUAUGUGGACGGUUCGGUCGCCCGGAAGAUCGACUGUGGCGGUUUGAAUUCGUGGUUGCGCCGGGUGAGGAUGAGAUGAAGAUGGCGGAGCGUGAUAAAGUGCGCGAGGUGGUUUGUCCGUAUUUGACACAUCGGGGCAGUCGCUACGGCUUGAGACAGGAUGUCGAGUUUCCCGAGGACUGUAUUGAAGUCCUGCGAUCGAGACCUUUCCGUUUCUCUGCGCGAAGCUGCAAUAAAUGGGCCCUGGACAGGGUUAUUCUCUGUGGCGAUGCAGCUCACGUCUUUCCACCAUUCGGAGGACAGGGCAUCGCGUCCGGAUUCCGAGAUGCCAUCGCCUUAGCCUGGCGUCUCUCCAUCGCCUGUUCCUCCAGCCCACAGAUCAACUACGAACGACUCUUCGAAGGAUGGUACCUCGAACGAAAGCAACAACUCGACAAAUCCCUCGCCGCGACCGUCCACAAUGGCGAUCUCGUAAACGGCAAAAGCUCUAUGCACAGCUUCAUUCGCAACUGGGGCCUGUGGUUCCUCCAACUCCUACCUAGUUGGAAACACUGGCUCGAGCAGGGGCCCCGUCGCGAUGGACCGACUCGAUACACCCAUUCACCCGGGCUGCCAUUCAUGCCCGAAUAUAGCGGCGGUCUAUGUUUCCCCCAGACGUAUUGUAUCUCCCUGCAACCCAAUGCCGAGGUGCAGUUCACCGACGACGUAAUCUUCGCCGAGAAACGAACCCCGUUUCAGAUCGUGGUAUUGCUCAAUCAUCCCGAUGAGCGGAACAUUGCGGUUCAAGAAUUGGGAAAUAUCAAGGCCAGUGGUCUUCUUUCCCCGGGUGAAGCAACCAUUUUCGUUCCCCGCAGUAGUUGCACCUCUGAUUUCGGUGAUCGGGCGGAUACUUACAACUACCCGCUUUUCCGCAGCGCCACUGGGGACGAAUUCGCCCGCUCGCCGCUGUGUGAGUCCCGCCCGGUGCCGCGCGGGUACAACGAAAUGUUGAUGUGGGAGAGUGUCCAGGGUAAACGGUAUGUGGUACUGCGGUUGGAUCGGUUUGUCUUUGCGGCCUGUAAGGACGGGGCCGAGCUUGCAAAGGCAGUGACUCACUUGAACGAGUUGUUUGAGCCGUAG